AUGGAAAACAAAAGAAAGAAGACGACAAGGGCAUGCCUUCAUUGUCAAAAAGCUCAUUUGACUUGCGAUGAAUCCAGACCAUGUGAACGGUGUAUCAAAAGGGAUCUAGCAGACACUUGUAUUGAUUCUGUUAGGAAAAGAGCAAAAUAUUUACAAGACACGCCUAGUGAUUGUAAAAAGAAAAGAAACUUUCUUUAUCCAGAUCAGCUCUUUGAUUUUUCUUUAUCCGAAUUAGGAUUUGGAUCAGAGACAGUCGGCUUAGAAUAUGGCUUCAUUGGGAAUAUGUUACAGAACCCACUCGAUUUAACAUCUGCAUUUACUACAAACAAGUCGAGUCCUGUCAGUACGAGCACAACAUCUAACAUGACUACACCCUAUAUGCCUCAACAAAUGAAUCAGCAGAACCUAUAUGGUGCCAGCAGUUCUUCAAAGGGUGUCGGAGGCACGCCUGAGGAGGUGUACACCAACAUCAUGAAACCGUACAAUUACGCUGAAGGAUUUCAUUACCUCAUUCAAUAUGUACGACAAAAAAUGAACAAGGAGGACCUCAUGCAAAUCAGUCGAGCGCUGGCGCUUUUUCGACCAUCGUUUCUAGCCUUGAUUAUGAACCUGACAGAAGAAGAUCUAGUGUUUAUGGAAAAGUGCAUUCAAAGAACAUUGUUAGAGUAUGAAAAACUGAUUAGUUUUUCAGGCACGCCAACGGUGAUAUGGAGAAGAACAGGUGAAAUAUGUUUGGUCGGUAAAGAGUUUUCUUUACUGACUCAAUGGACAAAAGAUAUGUUAUUGAGCAAGAAAGUAUAUAUUUAUGAGCUCAUGGACAAUCAAUCAGCAGUGGAGUAUUGGGAAAAGUUUUCAAAACAUGCCUUUGACAAUACAAAUAAAUCCUGUACGUAUUCAUGUAUCAUCAAGACCCCACAACAAAAGCCAGUACCGUGCACAUUCUGCUUUACUAUAAAAAGGGAUAUCUUUGACUUACCAAGCGUCAUUGUUGGAAAUGUGAGUUUGGUAUAA